UCAACUCCUGGAAAUGAUCAAAUCAGUUAUAGUAUGUUAAAUAAUUUUAGUGAUAUGAGUAAAGAAAUAUUAUUAGAAUUGUAUAAUAAGGUGUGGGAGGAAGGGAUUUUACCUGAUAAAUGGAAAGAAGCCAUUAUUAUUCCUAUUUGUAAACCUGGUAAAGAUCCUAAUUCAGCUGCAAGUUAUAGACCAAUAGCUUUAACAUCAUGUUUAGGUAGAAUUAUGGAAAAAUUGAUAAAUAAUAGAUUAAUUUAUUUUUUAGAGUCUAAGGAGAAGAUUAAGUCUUAUCAAUUUGGAUUCAGGAAAGGUAGAAGUACAAUAGAUCUAGCAAUAUGUCUGGAACAUGAAAUUAGAAGGGCCCAGGUUAAUAAAGAGAGUGUAAUAGGAGUCUUCUUGGAUGUGGAGAAAGCUUAUGACAUGUUAUGGAAAGGAGUGUUGAUUAAAAUAAAACAAAUAGGUUUGAAGGGUAAGAUAUAUAGGUGGAUUAAAUUUUUUUUAACUGGAAGCAACAUUAAAGUUAAGAUAGGUGGGGAAAUAAGUUCAAAAUAUCAAGUAGAAAAUGGUACUCCCCAAGGCAGUAUUAUAAGUCCUAUGCUAUUUAAUAUUAUGAUUAAUGAUAUUUUUAGUAAUAUAGAUAAAUCUUUUGGUGUUUCAUUGUUUGCAGAUGAUGGCAUUAUUUGGAAAAGGGGAAGAAAUACAGAAUUUAUAAAUAGGAAACUACAAGAGGCAUUAAAUAAGGUAGAAGAAUGGGCUUUAGAACAGGGAUUCAGAUUCUCAACAUCCAAAUCUAAAUUUGUUGUUUUUACAAAUAGAAAGUUAAAUAUUUAUGUGAAUCUCAAACUGUAUGGAAAUAUUAUAGAAAAAA